GUGGGCAAUGGGCGCGUCCAAUUGUCAUUUCCGGAAACAUGGAGGCUGUGUUGAGCGAUGUAGUAGCGCCGGAGGACCUCCUAAAAUUUGAGAAAAAGUACAACAGUGAGCUGGCGAAAGGAGCUGUGUCCAAAGAAACAAAGUUUGAAUAUGCUUGGUGUUUAAUCAGGAGCAAAUACACGGAUGACAUCAAGAAAGGGAUUGUGUUGUUGGAAGAACUUGUCCAGAAAGCCUCAAAGGAUGACACACGUGACUUCCUGUUCUACCUUGGCGUGGCCAACUACAGACUGAAGGAGUAUGAAAAAGCACUGAAGUACAUCCGGACUCUCCUGAGGAACGAGCCUGGGAACAAGCAGGCUUUGGAGUUGGAAAAGCUCAUUGAUAGGGCUUUAAAAAAAGAUGGCUUAGUCGGCAUGGCGAUCGUCGGGGGAAUCGGUCUCGGUGUGGCUGGAUUAGCUGGGCUCAUCGGUCUGGCGGUGUCAAAGGGAGCAUCCAAGUCUUAACCUGAGCAUGCCACCGCGUGCAGCCAUUUCUGCUGGACUUAUACAUUCAUUAUUAAAAAAGAGGAAAAAAAUCUAAUCUAAAAAUAUAUAUAACAUUUACACCUUGCUAUACAUGCUAAACAACAUGACCAUUCUUAGCAAGCUCUAGCAGGCCACCUAUGUACAUAAAAUGAUUAAAGUUGCAGCUCCGUUUAUGACACGGUAUUCUUACUUAAACUCCAGACAUGUAAGAAGACUUCACAUUUGUUAGGUAUGCAAGGGAGCACUUACAGGAAGUAAGUUGUGUGAAAUGCUUGAUUUCUAUUUAAUGGCGUGUUUUCCAUCAUCGUAAUACCAAAUAAAAUCAUUUUGAACACAAAUGCCAUCAUGACUUAAGAAUUGAUUUUCCUUUUUUGGAAUACUUUUAUCCACGUAACAAAGUCCAUCAAACACCAAUUCCGCCUUAUCGGCGAUGUGGAAACUUUGGCGAGUACAUUAUGAUCUUUCAUGACACGGAUAAAACGCCACAGUAACAUAAAAAAAUAAAACACACACACGCAUCCCAGCCUAGUUCACUGCUCGUCAAAUCCUUUUGAACCAAAGUUGAGCUCCAAUAUGUCCAUGUCCACACUGCUUUAUGACAGGACGUUGUGCAUGU